GAUCUUAUCCUACGCACCAAAGCGAAGCUUCUCCUGAUCACCGACCCUGCGAAUGUAGCCGGUGACGCCGUCCCAGCUGGCGUCCCUCUCGUCAACGUCGCCGACGCCCUAAGCCGUAUCCCAUCCCCAGACUAUGCACUCUUGGCCGAGAUCAAAGCCGCAGCGAAAUCAAACCAUCUAGCCUAUCUGAUCUGGACCAGCGGCACCACCGGUGCACCGAAGGGUGUUCCGAUCGAGCACCACUCCGGGGUAGCAUCAAUGAAAGCGUUGCAAGCGGGAGUUUCGCACGACGUCGAAGGUGGUGUGCGACUGCUCCAGUUCGCAUCCUAUACGUUCGAUGUAUUCAUCCAGGAUUUGUUCUACGCCUGGGGUGUUGGCGGUGUCCUCAUAGCGGCUACGCAAGAGAUCACGUUCGGAAAUAUCGCCGGGCUGGCGAACAAGACGAACGCGACUCACGCACACCUGACUCCUGCCUAUUCCGCUGGAGUACCCAGGAGCUCGUGCCCCACUUUCCAGGUCAUCACGAUGAUCGGUGAGAAACUGACGCAGAAUGUCGCCGACGACUGGGCCGUCAAUAUGAGGGCGUACAAUACCUACGGACCUGCCGAGGCAACCGUCGUGUCUACGAUGCGCCAGUUCGGUGGAGUCGAAGACCCUGUCAAGGCCGAGAACGUCGGUAUUCCCCUUCCGACGGUUUCCUGCCACGUCCUGCGCAACGGCCGCGUGACGAUGCUCGGAGGAGUCGGCGAGCUGGCGCUGGGAGGAUCCCAUCUCGCGCGUGGAUAUCUCGACGACUCGGAGAAGACGAACGCCAAGUUCAUCUGGGACGAGGAACUGCAAGAGCGCAUCUACCUGACCGGCGAUAUCGUCCGUUUCCUUCACGACGGAUCAAUCGAAUUCGUUGGUCGCACGGACGAUCAGGUGAAGCUAGGAGGAAUCCGUGUCGAGCUGAGUGAGAUCAGUGCCGCAAUGUUCAAAUGCCAUCCACUCGCCGACCGCGUAGAGACAAUGUUCAUCAACCGUCGCGACCGUCCCAACAAGAUCAUUGUCACGUUCGUUGCAGCGUCUCAGCUCGCCAUGUCGGACCUCAAGCCGAACACAGCCAUCACGGGCGACGGUGCAGUGGAAGUCGCUCUUGCUGCCCGAGCCCAAGCACAGGAAAUUCUGCCCGAGUACAUGGUUCCGGGCCUGAUUAUGGUUAUUCCUUUCGUGCCGCAAACCCCGUCGGCAAAGAUUGACCGCAAAGCACUAUCGGCAACCUACGAAUCGAUCGACUUGACUGAGUGGGAUCUGAAACUGAAUCCCGUCCCCAAGCAGCCAGUGCAGGAAUCUCGAUCGGUUGUGGAGAGCGUUGUCAUCAAGCAGAUUGCCGUCUUGUCGGGCAUGGAAAUUGAUUCCAUCAAUCUCAACGCAUCUCUUCGGUCUUUGGGUAUCGACUCCAUCCGUGCCAUUCAACUCGCCGCUUGGAUGAAAAAACGCGGCUACACUCUCUCAGUGCUCAACAUCAUCGAGAGCCGAACCAUCAAAGAGCUAGUAGCCUGCAUUAAAGUCGAAAACGACGGAAGCGAAAAGGAAAUCUCCUCUGGGAAGCUCGAGAAAUUUGACGAGCUAUGGCACCAUUCCGUUGCCCUGAAGAUGGGAGACGGUGCUGAGUUCGCCGUGCUCCCCUGCUCUCCGCUCCAGGAGGGCCUGUUGGGCGAAACGAUGAAGAACCCAUCAGCGUACUGGAGCAACAACUUCUUCACUCUCAGCCGCAAGAUUGAUCUCGACCGGCUUCACCGAGCUUGGUGCCAAGUAGCCGAACAGACGGAAGCUUUGCGUGCAGCAUUUAUUCCAACAGCUGAGCUCUCUCACCAGGAUCCUGUGUCAAGGACGUUCGUGCAGAUCGUCUACAAGCAACAUCCAGGUGUCGAGUGGAAGAAAGUAUCCAAUUCGGUUGAUAAUCUGCGGGAUGAAGCGAAGAGACACGCAGCGGAGAUCACCCAGAGAAACCAUGAGAGGGCAUAUAACGCUCCGCUUUGGGCUGUGACAAUAUUUGAGCGCGAUGAGCACUCGGUGAUGAUGUGGUCACUGCAUCACGCAUUGCACGAUGCGGCGUCGCUGGGGUUCAUCAUCGGCGACGUGCAGGCCGCUUAUCUGGGUUAUAACAUCGUCCCAAGAUCCCAAUUGACGGAUGCGCUGCGUCUCACAAUAACGGAAGAGGAGGCAGACGAGAAGAAGAACGAGGAAUUUUGGACAGAAGAGUUGAAAGAUUUUGUAGACCCAGAGGCAAUCGGCUUCCCCGAUCUCACAGGCAAGAAGCCAGACCCAUCGAAAGGUCGCAAAGUAUACCUCGAAACCGAGUGCAGAAUAUCAGCCACAGAUAUCCAGGCCUUUGCACCACACUUUGAUCCCACGUCACUCAUAUCCAUCGUUCGGGCUGCCUGGGGCUGUACGCUCGCCGGCUACCUCGAGACCUCGAACAUCGUGAUCGGGGAGACCCUCUCCGAGCGCAUUCAGGACGCCACACUAUCCAACACUAUUGCGCCGCUCAUCAGUGUCGUCCCAGUCCCCAUCCAGGCACACGCAACCGCACGCGAGAUUCUCGAAAACCAAUCACGUCUCUCGCGUGAUGUGUGGAAACACCGGCACAUUCUUCCCACCACUAUGCGCAAAGUGCUGCAGCGACCGCAGUCCGGCGCUCUGUACCCAGCCAUGUUCGUGUUCCACCCCAACUCCGAAGGUGCUUCGGAGGUCAUUUCGGCGAUCUGGACGCCAAUGGAGGAUAUCGUCGGGCUUUCGGUCGAGCACGGUCUUGCGCUGGACGUGUUCAUCGAGGCGGACGGUCAAUACCGGCUGGUCUUCUCUGCCGAGGAAAGCCUUAUGGGAAACGCUCAGCUGGAACUUCUCAUGCGCCAGGUGGAGGCCUACGUCAAGUUAAUGGCCAUGCAUGCCGAUAUGCCCGUACCAGAGCUCGUCCCAUCAUUUCCGGAAGAGCUGCUGUCGAUCGCCCGUCCAGUUGUUAGCGAGGCCGUUCGCAGUGCCUAUGAGACCGACCCGAUGUCUUGGGUUGAGUACUACGCCGAGAAGCAUCCAGAGUGGCUAGCGGCAGAGGUUGCCGAUUCCAUCACCAGCGAGGGAGCGCAAACCAGAGCUUGGAGCUACGCACAACUCAACGCGCAGGCCAAUCGCAUCGCAGGUUUUAUCGACUCAUGCGAUAUUGGCCGGAAUCGAAUGGUUGCACUCUGUCUCCCACGGACGCUCGAAGCGUAUGCUCCGAUCGCCGGUGUAUUCAAGGCUGGGUGUGGUUAUCUUUCGAUCGACGAAGGACUCCCCGCAGAGCGUAAAGGUCUGCUGUUGGAAGACAGCAACGCGGGAAUCCUGUUUACAACCACCGAGUUGAUAAAAACCUUCCCCGAGCUCCCUGCCGGCGUGGUAACUAUCAAUAUCGACGAUCCCGAGUUCGUCACGAUGCUGGCGACCUACAGCGCAGUCAACAGAAGCCGAGACACGCGCCGCGAUGACAUUUCCUACCUUCUGUACACAUCCGGUUCCACCGGGAAGCCAAAGGGCGUCCAGGUCUCUCGCGGUAAUCUGAGUGCCUUCGUCGAGGCACAGUCCGACUUCAUAUGUCGCGAGGUACCCGCUACCCUCGAGCUUGGAGGGAAAGGAAAAUAUCUCGGCCUUGCUAGUAGAGCUUUCGAUGUGCACGUCGCAGAGAUGUUUUUGGCGUGGCGCCACGGCUUGGCCACUGUUACCGCACUGCGAUCGAUGCUCCUCGAUGACAUCGGACUGGCACUUGCCCAGCUGAAAGUUACUCACGCCAGCUUUGUGCCAUCGCUCCUCGAUCAAGCGGAUCUUGUACCUGCGGACGUUCCAACCCUCCGCUUCAUGGGUGUUGGUGGCGAGAAGAUCUCGCAGCGCGUGUUGGACACCUGGGCAGCCAGUAAAACUGUCUCUCUCGUCAAUGCCUACGGUCCGACGGAAGUCACCAUCUGUUGCAGUUCUUUGCGCGUCAGCCCCGAUUCAACCGUAAGGAACAUCGGACACUUGAUCGGAAAUCUCGUCGGUUACGUCUUCGUUCCCGGAACUUUCAUCCCCACAAAGCGCGGACAGCCCGGAGAGCUAUGUGUCAGCGGUGACCUCGUAGCCCUCGGCUACUACCAACGGCCAGAGGCAAAGGGCUUCGUCGAUUACAAUGGCGCACGCCUCUACCGCACCGGUGACAUGGUGCGCCUUCUAUCCGGCGAUGCUAUCGAGUACCUCGGACGCAGCGAUGACCAAGCCAAGAUCCGUGGUCAGAGACUAGAACUUGGAGAGGUUUCGGAGGGAAUUCGUGCUUCGGCGAAGGAAGAGCUGGAUGUUGCCACUCUCAUCCUCCAGCAUCCGGAAUUGUCGCGGCCACAACUCGCGUGUUUUGUCGCCCGGUCAGCUGAUCGUGCUACAUUUUCGGGCCACGCCCCCCAGUUCCUGGUGAAGGACUACCAAGUCUUCGCCCUCGAGUUGCAGGCUGGAUGUCGGCAGAAGCUGCCUGCAUACAUGGUGCCCGAUGUCGUGAUCCCGAUCAACAUCAUGCCACUCGCCCCGAUGUCCGGAAAAGCGGACGCAAAACUGCUCAAAGCUUUGUUUUCUGGGAUUCCGCUUUCAGAUCUACUUCGAGGAUCUGGUGUCCGGCAGAGUGCCGCCUCACGGGAGUUGACGCAAGCUGAGAUGGAGAUCCGGGAUAUGAUCGCGAAGAUCAUCAAGAUUGAGCCGGAUCACGUUUUCCAUGCCUCCAACAUUUUCGAGCUCGGCAUUGAUAGUCUCAGCGCGAUCACCCUCUCGUUGAAGAUGAAGAACAUCGGCUACAACUCAUCAGUUGCCAGCGUUCUCGGACAUCCCACCAUCGAAGAACUUGCCGCCCUGCCACGCAAUACCGUCGCCAGAGAAAAUUCAGCUGAAAACGAGCUUCUAUUCGCUCGGGAGCAGCUACGGGUUUUUGAUGAGCAAUUGCGACCACGUAUUUCUUCGAUAGUUGGUGUUUCCGCAGCCCCCAUUGCGGCGGUGAGACCUACUUUGCCGCUGCAGGAGGGAAUCAUCGCACGGUCGAUAAACAGCGAGAGCGGGCCCAUCUAUGUCAAUCACGUCAUCCUCAAGCUGGGUAGCGAGGUGGACCUGGAGAAACUCCGUCAGGCAUGGAAGGAAACCAUCGAUAGCAACGAGAUCCUACGCACAUGCUUCUGCCAACCCGACGAUGCGUUCGUCCAGGUCGUUCUCUCUGCUGGUACUCUCGAAGAAGAAUGGCAGGAGUCUUCCGCCGAGACAGUCGAUGAUGCUCUCGCCGCUUUCCGUCGCCGACAGAAUGACGUUGCCACGGAGAUUAUUUCUCAGCUUCAUCAGAGACCGCCGCUGAGACUCAACCUGUCGCGCACUAGGUCUGACUCGUCCCUGCUGUUCAUCUCGAUGCAUCACUCGAUCUAUGAUGGCGAGUCCUUCAUGAUGUUGUUGGACGAGGUUUCCAGACACUAUCAAUCCACAGCAGUCCCUGAGCGGGUCGCCUUCAGCUCGUUCCUUGAGCAUUUGGCAUCUCAGAGCAUCGAGAAGGCGAAGGAUUUCUGGACUAACUCCCUCACUGAUUGCCGCUCCACAUUGCUGUCAACGGAGACAGGGUAUCGCAAAGAAGAGGAGGUCUUCUUCUCCGAACAUGUGAUGUCACGUCCACUUUCUGCGCUUGAAGCGUGCGCGUCGAGCAUGCGGUGCACCUUGCCAUCGCUGGCACAGUUAGUCUUCGGUAUCCUCCUGGCCCAGCGCGUUGGCCACAAUGAUGUCAUCUUCGGCUCUGUCCUCUCGGGCCGCACGGCAACUGUGGACCUCGCCGAGAUGAUAUUGGCACCCUUAGUCACCACGAUCCCGCAACGUGUCAAGCUCCAGAGCGGCACGUCAACGAUCGCCGAGUUGGCAGAGGAUUACCAAAAGUCGAACGCUCUGUGCUUGGAGUACCAGCACAUCUCGUUGAGACAGAUUCAGCGCUGGGCCGGUGCUGACAAACCGUUGUUUGACACCCUGUUUUCGUUCACCCGCAAGGUGGCCACUCCCGGUGCUGGCUUGUGGGAGGAGAUUGAGAGUGCAACCGUGGCGGACUACCCUUUUGCCAUUGAGUUCGAGGCGGAUACGGAAGAGAACAAGUUGGUUGCGCGCGUGGGCUUCACGCCGUCGUACGGAACUGCGGCAGAGGUGAAGGUAGUAUUGGAGAAGUUUGAUUUCCUGCUUCAGGAGAUCGAGCAUGGGCAUGCAACGUUGAAGCUUAGCAGUCUGGGUGUGUCGGACUUGAAUACUGACAUCGAGGACCGCAAAACGGAUGUUUACGAUGAAGUCUCGUGGUCUUCUACAGAGACCACCAUGCGCGAACUUGCUGCAGAGAUUUGCCAGCUUCCACUCGCUCAAAUUACUAAAGGUGCGACGUUUUAUAGCCUGGGCAUCGACUCCGUCACUGCUAUCCGGUUCGCUCGCAGACUGAGGGAGAUGGAUAUCGCGGUGUCAUCAUCGGACGUGAUUCGCUUCCCCUCGAUCGGUGCACUGUCAAGGCAUGUGGCGCAGGUGGAGGAUGAGGCCAGUCCUUCGGUGGAAGCGCCAGCCAUCAAUAUCACCGAAGCAUUGAAACGAAGCAACAUCGAAGUUGACUACGAGUCAAUUGAAGCCGUCUAUACUUGCACGCCACUUCAGAGUGGAAUGAUAACCCAAACACUUGCGUCCGAUGGCCGACUCUAUGUCCACCACCAUUGCGUCAAACUAGACUCCAGCGUCGAUCUGCUUCGGCUUCAGAGCUCCUGGUUUAAUGUGGUUGAGAAGACUGAUGUCCUUCGCACGUCAUUCUAUCACUCGCCCACAUCCGAAAAUCCCUGGACAGCGCUGGUCCGCAAAACAUCGCCCGCAAAAGUGAUAGAGGACGAUGCUUCCGUCUCUUUUGACCAGACUCUGGCAGACAUCGUGAAUAACGUGGUAUUUACCGAAGAACACGACUUCCACAAUCCUCCUGCUCAGGCCAGGAUCGUCCGAACCCCGACGGACAAUUACUUCGUCCUUUCCCUUCAUCACAGUCUUUACGACGGUGUUUCAAUUCCAUUUGUUUUCCACGAUUUGGCAUCGGCUUAUCUUGAGGGCUCUUUUCCUCGCCGCCGCCCCUUUUCCGACGCUGCGGCCCUCAUCGCUCAGCGCAAAGACGAUGCGGCCGAAUACUGGCUUCGCACCAUCUCGGAUUAUUCGGUCAUUCACCUAGCCCGUUUAACCGAGGGCGAGAGCUCGUCCGCGAUCCACCAAGCAUCGAAGACGCUGGGCCCAACCACCGCCGAAAUCUUAGCCGGCUGCAAGAGCCUGGGAGUUACGCUUCAGAGCGUGCUACUUUUGGCCUGGGGCAAGACGCUGUCUUCGCUCGUUGGCCGUCGCGACAUCGUGUUUGGCCAGGUCGUUUCCGGUCGUACUUUGCCGCUCGACGGAGUGGAAGGCAUCUCUGGUCCCCUCUUCAACACCGUUCCUAUGCGCAUCCGGCUUCCGAACAACCUGCAGACCAACGAGAGCGCUGUAUCGCAGAUCCAACUUGCCGCCGCCGAGUCGCAGGUCCAUCAACACGCAUCCCUGCGCACCAUCCAGAACAGGUGGCGUGCGGUAAGCGGCGGCACCGCUGGAGUUCUCUUCGACACACUGUUAGUGUUCCAAAAGGUGGAGGAGGACGAUCGGGAAACCUCUAGUCUCUGGACUCCGGUUGAAGUGGAGACUGGUGAAGUGCAAGCGGAAUAUCCCCUCAACAUCGAGAUUGUUCAGGGAACUCAAAAUGUGGUUCUGCAAGCUGCAGCUCAAGGAGAGUUUAUGACAAAUGAGAAGUUAAAAGACGUCUUGGAGGAACUUUCCUUGACGGUACUGGAUAUCCUACAGAACCCCGCUCGCUUCGCAACUGCUUUCCCUGCCAGUCUGCACACUCUUCCGGUCGUCAUCUCCGACUCGAUCGCCGUGAAGGGUGACGCGUUAGAUGCAAGGACCGAGUUCAACCCCGAUGAGGCCGCGAUCAGAAAGAUCAUCUCAGAGAUUGCUUCUUUCCCGAGUGAAAACAUCACCCUCCGUGUAAGUAUCUACGCGUACGGCAUUGACUCCAUAUCGGCCAUUCGCGUCGCUGCGGCGUGUCGCAAGCAGGGAAUUAAGCUCAGCGUCGCCGACAUCCUCCAGGGAGGUUCCAUCGAGGGCAUCUGUGCACGAUUCGCCAGACUUCAGAAGCCUCCGACUUCAGAAGAGGCCACUGUUCUUGUGUCACCGGUCGAAAAGGAUCGCGCCCUCGCCAUCCUCAGUCUCUCCGAUGAUGCGGUGGAGACAGUACUACCCGUCCUUGCUGGCCAAUUCUUUCAUCUCGAGGGUUGGCUCAAGUGCGGACGGACGUCCUACCAGCCGACCUGGACUUUUGCGGCAAAAGAGCGUCUGAAUAUCGACCGUCUCCAGGUGGCAUGGCAGGCACUACUCCACCGCCACCAAAUCCUCCGCACCGCCUUUGCCGCCGUCUCGCCCGAGAAGGUGUUGCAGGUUAUCCUGAAGCCUUCCACUCUGGCCGAGUCGCAUGGGUGGUCUUUCGAGGAAGUAGAAGGGGAAGCGACUCCCGCCGUGAAGAAGGCGGUGUACGACCUGGCACACUCCCCGCUGGAUAUGUUUACCCCUCCUGUCAGGCUGACGGUCCUCCGCGGAGACGACUUUGACGCGGUGCUAUUCAACUUCCAUCACGCCGUGUACGAUGCCUGGAGCAUGCCUUCGCUGAUCUCGGACUUGAUCUCACUCUACUCGGGAACCGGAUGCACGUCGAAUGCCGCGUUCGCGACCUUCGCCGAGUUCGUUGCAACCACGCGCUCCAAGUCGGAAGAAGAAUCAUACUGGAAGGCGUCUCUAGCCGCAGCCGAGUCGACCGUGAUCGGGCCUACCUACAACGCAUCGCCAUGUGCGUCCGCCGAGCAAACACUCCUGAUCGUCCCCGGCGUCGUCGAGAACUACACGUCACUUGAAGCGCGCUGCAAGACCGCUGGCAUGGCGUUAUCGAGCCUCGUUCUCACCUCUUUCUCGCGCGUUCUCGCCGCCAUGACAGAAACGCGAAACCCCACCUUCGGCAUCUACCAAGUGGGCCGAUCCGCCUCCUUUGACGGGCUGGAGACGCUAGCGGGCCCCUGCCUGAACCUGCUCCCACUCACCGUUCCCGCGGACCUGUCAGCUCGUGACGCAGCAAAAACGAUCCAAGCCGAACUCGGCAGCCGAUCGGCAUUCGAGCAGACGUCUGUCCGCGACGUCCUCCGGUACCACUCCGGCCCGCCGCUCGAGUUCAACGUCUUUGUCAAUCUCCUCUGGCACACGGAGAAGAUGCGCGAGGAUCCGGCGGCGCUGCUGAAACAUAUCACGGUGGGCGCGCCCGCGGAUUUCUGCAGUGAGGGGCCGUUGAACGGAAUUACCGCGCUGGAUGCCCUCGAUGUAACGGGAUUUCCGCGCCAUCCGGUCUUUGUCGACCUCGGGCCGAACUUGGAGACGGAUACCAUCGAUUUCGGGGUUAGGUGCGAUAGGGUGCUGAUGAACGAAGAGGAGGUGCAAGCGUUUGUGGCAAGGGUGGGCGAAGAGUUGAUGGCUGCGGUAGAGGAAUUGUAGGUAGUGUUGGAUGGUAGUGGAGACGGAACAUACAGACGUGAAAUCUGCAUUGCUGGCUUUGGGUUACACAGAUGCGCAAUUUUAUGCGCAUUCCGUUCGAAGAUUUUCUAGGGGGUUUUCAAGGGUUUUCUUAAGCUGUGGAUAUUGGGGCGUUUUUUUAAGAUUUUUUUGUCUUUUGGCUGUAUGUUAUAGGGGUAGUUUUUCCUUUUCGUGUAGUCUGAAUGUUCGUUAUUGUGGGCAAAAAAUGGUGGCCGGGAGGCUUUUGCAGAUGUGAC